CGCAGUAAUAGUCGGGCAGAUCAAAAUUCUACAAGGUUUAAUUCUUUAAACAUGGAAGGACACUUCAACUUUCCAAAAGAGGAGGAAAAAAUUCUUGAAUUCUGGAGGGAAAUCGACGCUUUUAAUACUCAAGUUAAUUUAUUCAAGGGCAAACCUCCCUACUCGUUCUACGAUGGCCCUCCAUUCGCAACUGGACUUCCUCAUUACGGACAUUUACUGGCUGGUACUAUCAAGGAUAUUGUGACUCGUUAUGCAACUCAAACUGGUCAUUGUGUUGAACGUCGAUUUGGCUGGGACUGUCAUGGUUUACCUGUUGAAUAUGAAAUUGACAAAAAAUUAAAUAUUAAGGGUAAGGACGACGUCCUAAAAUUGGGAAUCGACAAAUACAACCAAGAAUGUAGAAGUAUUGUGAUGCGAUAUUCAGGAGCUUGGCGAGAAACUGUAGAACGUAUUGGCCGUUGGAUUGAUUUUGAUAAUGAUUAUAAAACCUUAAAUACCUCUUUUAUGGAAAGCGUUUGGUGGGUAUUCAAAGAACUAUAUGAAAGAGGUCAGGUUUACCGUGGUGUAAAAAUAAUGCCAUUUUCUACCGCGUGUACGACUCCGCUUGCGAAUUUCGAGGCUGCUCAAAAUUAUAAAGAUGUCAAUGAUCCAGCUAUUGUCAUCUCUUUUCCUUUGGUCAAUGAACCGGACGUACUUCUUUUAGCAUGGACGACAACCCCAUGGACAUUACCCAGUAAUUUAGCCCUCUGUACCAACCCUAAUUAUGAAUAUAUCAAGAUUAAGGAUGAGGCUUCCGGACAUACAUAUAUUCUUUUGGAAAAAUGUCUAAAUAUUUUAUAUAAAGAUCCCAAAAAUGCAAAAUACGUCGUAUUGGAAAAAAUCCUGGGAAAGGAUAUGAAAGGGUGGGAAUACAUCCCUUUAUUUGAAUAUUUCGUCCCUAAGUUUAAGGGAAAAGGAUUCAUUGUAUUAAAUGAUACAUAUGUCACAGAUGAUAGUGGAACUGGUAUUGUUCACCAAGCACCAGCUUUUGGUGAAGAUGAUCAUCGUAUAUGCCUUGAAAACAACAUUAUUACUGAAGAUGGUUUUCUUCCUUGUCCUGUCAAUGAACAAGGCUUAUUUACUUCAGAAGUGACUGAUUUCGCUGGAAUGCAUGUCAAGGAUGCUGAUAAGAAUAUUCAAAAAUUUUUAAAGCAAAAAAACCGUUUAAUCAUUCAAUCACAAAUUAAACAUAGUUAUCCUUUUUGUUGGCGUUCAGAUACUCCAUUAAUAUAUAAGGCUGUUCCAUCAUGGUUUGUUCGCGUCAAAUCCAUCAUCCCUGACUUAUUAAAAAACAAUCAAGAAACUUAUUGGGUUCCUGACUUCGUCAAAGAGAAAAGGUUUGCAAACUGGAUCAUAAAUGCUCGAGAUUGGAAUGUUUCUCGUAAUCGAUAUUGGGGUACUCCAAUUCCGUUAUGGGUUAGCGAUGAUUAUGAAGAGAUUAUUUGUAUUGGUUCUUUAGCAGAACUAGAGGAAUUGUCUGGUUGUGAUAAAUUAACAGAUAUUCAUCGCGAUAAAAUUGAUCAUAUUACCAUUCCUUCAAAAAAAGGAAAGGGCACAUUAAAAAGAGUAGAAGAAGUCUUUGAUUGUUGGUUUGAAUCUGGCAGUAUGCCAUAUGCACAAUGUCAUUACCCUUUUGAAAACAAAGAAAAAUUCGAAGCUUCUUUUCCUGCAGAUUUUAUUGCCGAAGGACUUGAUCAAACAAGGGGAUGGUUCUAUACUCUAAUGGUCUUAUCCACACAUCUAUUUAAUAAACCUGCCUUUAAGAAUCUUAUAACAAAUGGUCUGGUAUUAGCAGCAGAUGGAAAGAAAAUGAGCAAACGUUUGAAGAACUAUCCUGAGCCUCAAACUGUUAUUAACGCUUACGGUGCUGAUGCUUUGAGGUUAUACCUUGUUAAUUCUCCGGUCGUACGUGCUGAGCCAUUAAAAUUCAAAGAAGAAGGUGUCAAAGAAGUUAUUUCCAAGGUUUUCCUACCUUGGUACAAUGCAUAUCGUUUCUUUGACUCGCAAGUUGUGUUAUUGAAGAAGGAUACUGGCAUAGAAUUUAAAUACAAUCCAAUUGCAAAGAAAUCCGAAAAUGUUAUGGAUAGGUGGAUAUUGGCAUGUACUCAAAGUCUUAUAAAAUUUGUGCGUGAAGAAAUGGAAGCCUAUAGAUUAUACACUGUUGUUCCGAGAUUGUUAAAUCUCAUUGAACAAUUAACUAAUGGAUAUGUUAGAUUUAAUCGCAAGAGACUGAAGGGCGAGAAUGGUCCAGAAGACACCAUAAAUGCAUUAAAUACGUUAUUUGAAGUCUUGUUAACAUUAUGCCGUGUUAUGGCUUCUUUUACCCCCUUCCUCACGGAACAUAUUUACCAAAACCUAAAAAAAUAUCUACCAUCAUCUGAUUCCAAUGAAGACAUUCGUUCUGUUCACUUUUUAUCUUUUCCAGAAGUGAGGAAUGAAUAUUUUGAUUCUGAUAUUGAACGUCGCAUGUCACAUAUGCAAGCAGUCAUUGAUUUGGGCCGAAUUGUUCGAGAAAAAAAAAAUAUUGGAUUAAAGACACCUUUGAAAGAGCUUGUUGUAAUACAUUUGGAUUCACAAUAUCUUUCGGACGUUCUGUCACUUGAAAAUUAUAUCAUUGAAGAACUAAAUAUCAAAAGCCUUCUUGUUACAUCGGAUGAAAGUAAAUAUGGCAUAAAAUACCGAGCAGAGGCUGAUUGGAAAGUGUUAGGUCAAAAACUUAAAAAAGACGCUGUCAAAGUAAAGAAUGCUCUACCAAAAUUGACUUCUGAACAAGUCAAAGAUUUCGUACACAAUAAAGAGAUUUUGAUUGAUGGAAUUAAAGUGGUUGAAGAAGACCUUCAAGUAGUAAGGUAUUUCGAAGAUGCUAAUAGCCAUUAUGAAACAAGUACCGACAAGGAUGUUCUUAUACUUUUGGACGUCAAAAUAUACGAUGAUUUACAAGAGGAAGGAUUGGCUCGUGAAGUUGUGAAUCGUGUUCAAAGAUUACGAAAAAAGGCAGGGUUACAGCCUACGGAUCCGGUAUUAACAUACUAUAAGUUUAUCAAGGAUGUCAAUAAUCAAAUAGAAACUGUUCUUAAGACACAAAGAGACAUUAUUGUCAAGACUUUAAAACGCCCACUAUUACCAAUUGCGGACAAAAUUGGAGUUGAAGUCAUCAUUGAAGAAGAGCAAGAGAAAAUGCCAAGUCAAGAACAUAAUCUGGUCGCAGAAAGGCAAGCAGCCACUCAUGGUGUACCGGAUCUUGAUAACCUCGUACCUGAUUCCGUGUCUAAUCAUAAAAAAGAUGCAGAGUUUUCUGAGUCCAGAAUUAUGGCAGAAGAGAAAAGUGACAACGCAUCUCAAAAAGAUACACCAAUUAAAAACCAAUAUAAUCAAACUCGAGAUACAAACGUACAAAACACUGAACCAAUGGAUUGGACACCAACAAAAUCAGAUGGGUCCCUUCCUUCUCCUGUGCGAUCACGAUCGCGAUCCGGUUCUGAAUCACCUUCACCUAAUAAGUCGGUUGCUGUCAAUUUAAUUCCGCUUACCGAUUCGAUUUCAUUCGCUUCUAAACACUUGCUGUUUACUCCUGAUCAGGAGGUGAAGGUGGGUAGAGUGAGCGGAAGUCGUAAUCAGAAAGAAGCAAGACAGGAUAACGGUGUGUUUAUUUGUGAUGUCAUGUCUAGAGAACAUGCGAUUCUUAAGGAAGAGAAUGGAAAGAUUUUAAUCAAAGAUACUAAAAGUACUCAUGGUACUUUUGUCAACAGCAUUAGGCUGGGAGAUGGUACAAAGGAUAGUGAAUGGCGGGUGUUACAUCAUGGUGACAUUAUUACAUUUGGACAUAGCGUGAGACGUAAUCAAAAUUUGUACAAGCAUUUAUCUGCUUGCGUUUUUUAUCCUAAGGGGAAAAAAGAUGUACCUAAUAUACCAAUCUCUCUCAACGGUAAUUCAGUAAUUGGACAUGCUAUAGAUUCGGCAAAAAACCAACCCGAUAAACUUGAAGGACAGAUUUCUGGUGCUAUGACGAAUAUAGCACGAGUCCAAAAUCCACCUAUAGAACCUUCUCUAAAAGCUACCAAAGAAGGAAAGUCAGCAGAGAUUCAAUCAAAUAAUAUAGUCCAAAAAGCUGACGAUGAACAAGUAACAUCUGUUAAUGAUGUUUCAACUCCUGGUCACGGUAAAACAGAGUUUACCGAAUUCAAAUCGCGCGAAGUGGAACAUGCUGAAUCGUCUGAAGGAGCUGUUAAACUAGAGAAACGAGAAGCCAAUAAAACCGAAGUCCAUCCUGUUAAAGAAGAAAUUUCCUCUGAUGAUUUAAGUAAAGCUAAUGAACAUAAACCGGUGACCCCAGCGAUCACUCCAGAUUCUAGUCCAAUCGAAGCACCUGUUGACUAUUCAACUAAUAAUUCACAUAGAGUACCUGCGAUCACCAUCUCAAAUCACGAGAAAGUUUCCUCGCAGGCUUUAGUAGAAACAAAAUCCAGAGUUCCGUGUACGGGUAGCAACGAAAAUAUGUAUGUAAGUAAUGGGGAAGGUCCGUCUCAUGCUAAUGGAGCUGAAAUUAUUGUUUCUACGCCGCAUCGUAAACGCAAAUUUGACGAAGUAGAUGACGGGAAUAUUUUAGAGCAAGAGCAAGAGCAAGGGCAAGUGGACUCACUCAAUAGACGAUUAGCUGAAGUAGAAGAUCGAACCAAUAAACGUAGGAGGUGGGAACUUAUCACUUCCACGGUAAUUGGUAUGGUGGCCGGAGUUGUCAGCCUUGGGGUCGGUGCCUACAUGUUAGGAAAUUGA